CAUUUUUAGAUUUUUUUUGUGAUUUACUAAAUAAUGUAAUGUUUGUAAGUAAAUCAAGUAGAUCAUGGUGACAUGUGCUGUAGUUAAUUGUAAGAACACUUCUGCGAAAACAUCUAAAAAUAAAGAUGGAAUUACAUUUCAUAGAUUUCCACGUGACAAGGAGCGUCGCCGACUGUGGGAGCAAGCAGUCGACCGUAGAGAUUGGACAUCCACAGCUUCUAGCACGGUUUGUUCGGAACAUUUUGAGGCGAGAGAUUUCUACUUGACGGAGAGUGGGUUGCGACGGCUGGCUAUUGAUUCAGUACCUAGCAUUAAUAUAUCGCCUUGCCAACAACCAGAACCUACAAUAUCACAAAUAGAGCCAAUAGACUUGAAACCUACUGACACUGAAGAAGUCAUUCAGUUAAAAUACAGAGUAAAAAGACUAGAAGCCAUAGCAGAGAACCGAAAACGGCGUCUAAACCUUAUGUGGCAAUCGAGACGGCGCCUGAAAAAAAAGAUGGACAGAAUGAAAUGCAUGAUUAAGCAUUUGAUUAAGAACAGGAAAGAUAAUGGAUUUGAUACCAGGGAUGAGACCAAUAGAUGAGUGUGUAGUUAAUAAAUUUAAUGAGGUGUUAUCUAACAAAUACUGGUAUGUUUGACAGGCUGCCAAUUUAGAUGUAACCCUAGCCAUUGUGUAUAAUAUUAGGGAAAAGGUACCUUUAAUCUGCAAAAACAUGGAUGUUAGAUGUUUACAAACUGGGCCCUAAGUAUGUUUCUGAGAGAGAAGUUUAAGGAAAUUACAUUUGUGUCACAAUAGUUUUAUGAAAAUGCAAUUUAUGUUAGACACAAUAAAUAAAUAAUUUUGUUGAUGAAAAAAGUGAGACAUAUUUGAUUCUAGUUAAUACAAUUGUUUUAUUUCUAUGCCUCUGUCGGACCAGUCUGUUAAGCAUCUGCCUGCGCUUUGGUUUACACCUGCUAUAAAGAAAACCAUGCAGCGUAGCGUUAAGGUGAAAUAGAAAUCCAGUCUUAUCGAGAGUCCAUGGUUAGCCGGUUGGAUUUGACGCUCAAGACAACUCCGAUUGGGGC